UUAAUCACUGCAUUCCUCCCCAAGUAAAACCCUAGAUUUUUUCUAUAAAUUAAACCGCCACCAUCUCCCAAUUCCGCAAUAAAAAAAAAUUGGAGGCGAGAAUCCUGUGUUUGCAGCAGCUAUGGGGUUGAAUUGGCUUCUCAGCUUUGCAAACACGAUCACUCUCCACCAAUCGGCGGGCGAAGGAGGCAAAUCGUCGAGCGGAGAGGAGAAGCGGGCGAAUUACGGAUUCGAAAUGCCGCUGCAUUAUCCGCGAUACGCGAAAUCGGACUACGAGAAGAUGGAUGAGGAGAGGCUGGAUUUGCUGCUGCGGCAGUAUGGGCUGAAUUUUGAGGGCGAUUUGGAGGAGAAGAGGAGGUUUGCGAUGGGGGCGUUUCUGUGGCCGGAUCAGUUUUGAUUCAAUUAUUAGAUUAAUUAUUAUCUCUAGCUUUGUGGUUUUCUAUGUAUGAAUCGUUCUUCUCCAUUUCGUGAUGUUGCUUGUAAAUUAUAAGUAUAAGAGGUGGAUUUAGUUUUAUACUAUUACCAGUGUUUUUUGGUUUCA